CUCUCUCUUCACAGCCAAGCAACCAUUCCAUCCGUGCCCGAGCAAAGCAACCGAGCUACAAAGGCACCAGCUGCUCUGCAAUGGCCUCCUCCAAUGCUCUGCUCCUGCUCUUCUCGGCCGCCUUCUGCUUCCUUGCACGGCGGGCCGCCGGCGACUACGGCUCGUGGCAGACCGCACACGCCACCUUCUACGGCGGCGGCGACGCGUCCGGCACAAUGGGCGGCGCGUGCGGCUACGGGAACCUGUACAGCACGGGUUACGGCACGAACACGGCGGCGCUGAGCACGGCGCUGUUCAACGACGGCGCGGCGUGCGGGUCGUGCUACGAGCUCAAGUGCCAGGGCAGCUCGUGCGUGCCGGGCAGCAUCACCAUCACCGCUACCAACCUCUGCCCGCCCAACUACGCGCUGCCCAACGACGACGGCGGCUGGUGCAACCCACCGCGCGCACACUUCGACAUGGCCGAGCCAGCCUACCUCCAGAUCGGUAUCUACCGCGCCGGCAUCGUGCCCGUUUCCUACCGGAGGGUGCCCUGUGUGAAGAAGGGAGGGAUAAGGUUCACCAUUAACGGCCACUCCUACUUCAACCUGGUGCUGGUGACCAACGUGGCCGGCGCCGGCGACGUGCAGUCCGUCUCCAUCAAGGGGUCCAGCUCCGGGUGGCAGGCCAUGUCCCGCAACUGGGGUCAGAACUGGCAGAGCAACGCGGACCUCGACGGCCAGAGCCUCUCCUUCCGGGUCACCCUCAGCGACGGCCGCACCGUCACCAGCAACAACGCCGCCCCGGCCGGCUGGUCCUUUGGCCAGACCUUCGAAGGAGGCCAGUUCUAGCGAGAUCACCCCUUGGAUGCAUGGAUUGCACUGGUUUGGAGCUUGAGCAAGGGAAGAAGGAAACCUCUUCGUUCUUAUAUUUGUACUAGAGCUAGUACAAAAUUGAGACAGUUAUUUUAGGACAGAAGGAGUACUACAAAAGAGGCCUUUGGCUAUUCCGAGGCUGCUGCUGAUCAGCACCCGCUUAGGCCUUCCCUUCUCUCAUACUAGUAGGACACUUGUACUAGAGAUAAAUAAGUUAUUAUUCUUGUGGAGUUGAGCAUUUUAAUCAUUGUUAGUGUAGCCUUGCAUUGUGGAAACACCACAAGGUGAUUUAUGUGAGAGUACUUUAGAAGUACAUGGAGUGGUGUGUCGAGAGUGUCUUGUAACUUCUGUUGUUGCGUUGUAAAACCUACGAAUCCCUUCAUAUGAUUGGGAAAUGUUUGUGGGGGCACACUUGUUAUUUUGAAGACCCUGGACAAUGCAUGUUUA